GCACCCUCGCCCCUAAAUUUCACUCGAGCAGUCGAGUUUUGACUUAUUCCAUUCUUCCACUUUUCUGCCGUGUCUCUCUGCUCUCCCUCUCUUUCAAAAGACGAUGCCACGAGAGGAGGCGGAUAGGAAAUGCUGUGCCUGUACAGUAGAGUGGGCUAUGUGGGGCAACAUGAACGCCUUUUAUGCCGGACUAUUUAUAUUUGUUGGGUCAGUUGUUGCCGCCUCUAUACCUGAGAUAGCCAUUGAUGGACAGUUUCCAACUAAUGUUGGCAGUGCCCUCAGAUGGAUCAACAUAUUUAUUGGUUUAUUUGUAAUGCUUGUUGAGUAUCCAUUGAGUGCCAGGAGAUCCAAGAAGACAGCUGUGGAGAGACCUGGUCAGAGAUACAUUGCUCCAAUUCUUCACAACCUUCGAUUUGUUGGUUCUAAUUACAUCAUCAGAUUCAUGCUUUAUAUGAUUAUAUCAGUUCCUGUAUUCUUCGUACUCUCAUCUAUUUUUGGAGGUCUGUGUCUCCUUUGUGCUUGUGCCUGUUACUUUGCUGCUGCCCUCAAUGGUGAGAGUUGGAAGGCUCCCACACUAGGCUGGGGUCCUGGUAAAACCGUCACUAAGAAAGGUCCUCAGAUCAAAGAGAUUCCAAAGGCACCCACAGAACCUCCUCCUCGUCCACCCCCUCAAGCACGAGAGGGUCUCAUGGCUCCUCCCAGUGGAUCACCUCCUGGUUACCCCUAAUGAUUGAUGAUCGUCAACCAUCAUGGACCAUUAUAACUUUUUAGCAGUUUUUCUCUCACUCAAUUUUUAAUGCCAUUAUUUUUUGGUUUCUGUUUCUUUUUCUCUGACACUAUUUUUUGCAAAAUAUUGUGUAUAAGUAGUUUUUGUGUAUCAUUUUUUUAGUUAAAUGAAUUUUUAAAAUAAUA